UUCUUCACUCUGUUGAUCUAUCAACUUCUCAUUUCGAAAGCGUCGCACAGGCAGCACUCUGAUGAGAAACGACAUAUUGCGACAACCAAUCCAUUUGGUUUAUCCAAAUGCCGAUACGUAUCGGGAAUUUGGAUUUCGGGAAUAAAGCAGAGAGGAAAAUGGUCCUGAAGUGUUUGUGCGUGGGGGGGACGAGGGGAUGGGGUUUUAGCGGCCGCGUUUCUAUUUUUUUGCAUACUUUGUUCUGAAUGAAUGGUCGGAAUAAUCGGUCCCUCUUUGUGGGCUGAAUAUUCCAAUUUUCGAAUGAUUUGGCCUACUCUUUCGCAGGAUAUGAGCCCACGGGAAAGAUGAUAACCAAAGAGAAAAAAGACGAAACCCAAGAGGAAGAACAGAGUAACAGACACCCUUUACCCCUCCUUUAUUCUAUUGAUUAGGUUCUGAUUUUAAAAGAUAAAGACCUUUGGAGACAUCCACUGCUCGACACUUUCGUUGAUACUGAUAUCAAAGAUUUGGAGAAUGAUGGAGUGAUAUCAUGCAGCUAAGUAAGUGAUUCUGAGACUUCGAGAGCCCAUUUCUUCAUUCUUGUCUGCUCGCGGCCAACCUCUUUGCCGUCGUUUUGUCGUCUCCGGUGCAACUCCCGUGAGACCUAUUGCCUAUUGGACUCUGUUUCCGAUCCGAUCCUUGUACGGAUACCAUGAGCCCUCUUUAGGUUUGAGCUUCUGUUGAUUUGUGGCUUUUGCUCUAGCUAGCUCAGGGGAAUCUUGAGAUUGGAAGUAUUAGAGAAGUUGAUGUCAAAUCUGGGCUCCCAGCCACCACAAGCACAGAAAGGUUGGAACUUCUUGAUGAUGACAAACAUAUCCUUAGCUUCAGGAUAGUUGGUGGUGAUCACAGGCUUAGGGUGGGUCUACUGUGGGAGAUCCUAUUCUGAAAGAAAAUUCUCAUAAACACACAAAAAGUUCAACCAUUUGCACCUAAAAGCUCAAGUUCAAGGAGUUAUCUGAUUUUCCCACAACGAGCAAGAUUCUCUAGAAUUUCCUCAGUAAAAUAAACAGAAGAUUCAACUACAGCUGUAUCCUUAAUCAAACAAACAGAAAAUGAAAACCAAGUUGAGAAACACAAACCUUCAAAGAUCAAGAAAUGGACGGUGAUGAAGGGGGUUUGUGGUCAAUCAACGGUGAAGAAAGCAGCAACGUAGGCAAAGGGUAGUGGACUAAAAUUGUGAGGGUGACGUGGCGACUAUCAGAGGGAGGGUGAAUAUUACGUGGCAGGCGAGGAGUGGAGGAGAAGAUAUUUUAUGUGAAGUUAAUGGAUGAUGCAAGUGACAGACAUGUGGUUCUAGUUGGGUUUGGAGCAUCAACCUUAAUGGGACCCAACUUUGGGUGUGUUUUAGAAGAAAGUGGAAUUGGUCAAGAAUCGGAGAUGAUCUCUGAAAUCAAUUUCCAAGCAAUGUAUCGACGACCGAAGACUGAACCCUUCUCCUUCUUCUAAAACUAUUCCCCUUCUUUUCUUUGGUUUCAAAAAAGUUUCUCAGCCCUCUUCAUAAAUACCCACACCAUUCCCUUCCUCCUCCAUCAAACUUCACCACCCACUUCAUGUCUUUGCUUUCUAACACGAUCCUGUUGGGUUUCCGCCUUAAAUCCCAAGUUUUGUUUUGUUUUGUUGUCUUGUUCUCCAAAUUUCAGAACUUUAAUCAUGGACAGCUUUGGGGAAUGGGACCAAAAGAAGAAGCUGAAAAAUGAGCUGCUUAAAGGGAAGGAAUUAGCAAAGCAACUCCAAAUUCAUCUCAAUGUGAGGCCAUCGUCAUCUUCCAUGGCUGCUGCUGCUGCUGCUGCUGCUGCUGUUUCUUCUUCUUCUUCUUCUUCAGUUUCGAACGAUGGCGGUGAACUAUUAGUUCAAAAGAUCUUAUCUUCAUAUGAAAAGGCACUGUCAUUGCUCAGCUCUAAUGGAAUCCAAAUAUCUGAAUCUCCUUCCUCUCUCAAUGGAAGCCCAAGGAGUGAAGACUCUGACCGUGAAUUCAAGGACCAUGAUCAUACCAAUGCUUCUUCCCGCACAAGGAACAUUCUUCCAACUUGGACACAGAAAUUCCAAGUUAGUCCAGGGAUGGCCCUUGAAGGGUCUCUUGAUGAUGGCUUUUGCUGGAGGAAAUAUGGUCAAAAAGGCAUUCUUGGUGCCAGACAUCCCAGAGGGUAUUACAGAUGCACACACAGGAACCUCCAAGGUUGUCUUGCAACCAAACAAGUUCAACGGUCCGAUCACGAUCCAAACAUCUUCGAGAUCACAUACCGAGGAACCCAUAGUUGCACCCAAGUUAUUCCAUCUGCAAGCACAGAGUUUCAGCAACAAAACCACCCUCUACUACCUGAUCAAAGGGUCCAAAACCAACAAACAUCGCCCGAUGCUCUCUUGAGCUCAUGGCCAUCCUUAAGAGUCAUAACUGAAAACCUUGACACAAUUCAUGAUCCAACAUUAUUCCAUCCUUUUAACUAUGAUCCCACGUCAAAUUAUGAGGUUGCAGACCGUGUCGAGUCCGGGUCGACAUUGAGAGCCAACGUCAACUUUUCCGAGUUCUCUCCUCCUCCUCCAUUUUUGUCCCCAACAACAUCUGGAUCUGGGUUGAGCUAUUUCUCUGCAUCCUCAAGUGGGUUGAGUGAAGGAUUUAUUGGACAUCAUCAGAAGUUGGAUUUGCAGCCAAACAAAUCCGAGCUUUCUGAGAUUUUUUCGUCACCAACUUCAGCUUCAAACUCUGCAACUCCUGGCUUAGACUUCCCAUUCGGCGAGCUUCAAAUGGAACCAACUUUCACAUUCCACAACACAAAUUUCUUCUCCUAAAUCUCCUUCCUUCUAGACUCAACAACAAUGAUACUCUGCAACCAAAUCUCCAUCAAGUUUUAACAAAUUUUCAUACUUUCUGUUCUUACAAAUUAUUAUUUUUACAACUUUUGAUAGUUUUGGAGUGUUUUGUUUUGAGAAUAACUUCAUUCCAAGUAAGGAUUUUUUUUUUCUUAUAAUUUCUUUUGGGGGUGGGGUCAUGAAUGAGCCCUAAGCCCAUUAUGUUUGGGCCAUAACAAGGAGGAAGCCCACCAAAUCCUUGGGCCCAAACUUUAGGGAUUAUUCUUUUUUCUUUCUAGAAUUUAUAUUUCUUUUAAAAAAAUUAUUUUUAAUGUAGAAAGGCCCACCCUUUUU